AGGGCUGCUGUGGCAAUAUUUUUCAUUUGUUUGUGUCACAAAGAGGAUUUAUUUGCAGGAAGAGCUUGAAUCCUGAGAAAAUGAAUAGUCAAUAUAUACGUCACGAAGUGCGAGGAUGUGAAACUAGCAACCUGAGAAACUUCUGGGAAAAGACAAUUGAACAACAAACUCGGUAUCUGCAAGUUGAAAGAGAACGUCAGCAAAGAAGUGCUCUGACAAAGCUCAGAAACGAAUGGAUGGAGAGGCUCGAAAAACGAAUAAAGAUGUUGAGGACCCAACCUGAAGAUGCAUCUAUUUGAAGAUCUCAAACUCACUGCUUGUAUAGGAAGAGACUGUUUUGUGGGAGAGUAUGACAGUGGGAUUCAAAAACUCAAGUGGAUUUUGCUCUGUGGCUUAAGCGAGCUAUAAAUAAUUACCAGUCAUUGUCAGAAG